AUGACUGAGGCUUCGAAAGAUCAAAUAUCUAAUGACGAUCCCCUCCUGAAUAUGUUUUUCGAUGACGGCUUUGUCCCUCAGGCCUUCGUGGAUAUUCUAUUGACCAAUAGUAACUCUGAGGACACGACACAAGUACAAUCAACGGCAUCAUCGUUACUGACCAGAUUGGAUUUCUACACUAAAAAUCUAACUGCUGAAUUGGAAAGUACUAUCUUUAACCUAGAAAAGCUUUCAGAGGCUUUGCCGGGUACGUGGGUCAAUCCUGCAUUAAAUACAGAUGACACUAAUGAUGAUCAACCGAUGGGCACAUCAAAACUAGAGUACUACAUAGAUACUCUGGGAAGUGCAGUAAGAGCUCUAGAGUUAGAUGUUGCUAAGGUUGAGACACAAUUAGGGGAACUGAAGUCCCAUUAUACAAACAGUGAAAAUAUCAAGGUAAGGUUAAACAAACUGCAUAUCGUUAAGAAAAGACUUAAUAUCGUUUUACAGUACUUCAUAAAAUUGAAGAAUAUUUCCAACAUUACAGAUUCCACGAAAAGAUCUGAUUCAAAUAGUAAUCUAACAUCAAUAUCAGAUUUUAAAAUUUCACUUCAGACACUUGAGGAAACUAUUGAUCAAUCAUUAUUAGACCUUCUGGAAAAUGAAACGGUAGAGAAAAAAGAGAAAGAUUUACUACUUAAGGUACGGGAUUUUUGUGAAUUAACAAUUUUAUUCAAAGGUUUAGGUGAAUUCUAUGAAGCGUAUUCUGAAUUUGCUUUGAACAUUCAAAACAAAGCAAAUGAUUACAUGAGUAGGAAAAAUGUGGAGAAUGCGUUCAGUAUAUAA